AUGUUGCUGUGUGAUGUAUGCAAUGAGGAAAUAUUUGACAAUGAAGACAUCAAAUGUAAUAAGUGCAAAAUUUUUUUCCACUUUGUUUGUGCUGGUUUUAGGGAAUCUAAUUUCCGGAAAUUAAGUGCUGCUAACAAAAGUAAAUGGUUCUGUAUGAAUUGCAAAGAUAGUUCCUCUACUUUAAAUGUUGAAACCAACAAAGAAAUAAAACUGUCAAUAGACAAAGAAUGUUCUCACACGGAUAAAAUAUUAAUGGACUUGAAAGAAUCUGUUAAUUUUAUGAGUGGGCAAUUUGACAAUUUUAAUUUAAAAUUGCAAGACAUAAUCAAAGUUGUUAAUGAUGUUAGUAAGGAAAAUAAACAACUAAAGGAAGAAAAUCAAAAGCUAAAAAUUGAAAUGAGAGAUUGUAACAAAAAAAUAAACUACAUCGAACAAAAAUUGGUUCAGAAUCAUAUAGAAAUAAUUGGUGUCCCAGAAGAAACUAAUGAAGACUGCAGUAAAAUAGUAAAAGAAAUUUCAACGGCUUUAGGAGUUAAUGUAUGUGUAGAAAGUGCGUUUCGUUAUCAGUCAAAAAUACGAAAUAAACAUGGAAAAAUUGUAGCGGUCCUGAAGAAUUACGAAAAUAAAAAAACCAUAAUGGAUAUGUCAAGAAUAAAAAAACUUAAAGCAAAUAACGUCAAUGCGAAAUGGAAAGAGGAAGGUAUUUACAUUAAUAAUUAUCUAACACAAAUAAAUAGAAACUUAUUCUAUAAAACUAGAUUAUAUGCUAAGGAAAAUAACUACAAAUAUGUUUGGUAUAGAGAUUGUAAAAUAUUUAUAAGAAAAGAUGAAAAAAACAAGGUUAUAUUAAUAGAAGAUGAAAAUAGUUUACGAAGAUUGUAA